AUGGAUUCGGUAGUGGGCGAAGACCAGACGCUCCCCGUUGACUUCAACGGAAGAGGUUCCCACCACUAUUUUAUUUGUGAUUUUCUCCUCAGCUGUUGCCUUCCCGACUCGCUGAACUGUGGCGAUCGCUCCGCCCCGGACGUCAUGACAGCGCCAUCCUUUCCCGGCAAGAUGUCCCCCUCAAAAGCCCUCACUAUGAAGGACUAUGAAAACCAAAUCACCGCCUUGAAGAAGGAGAACUUCAACCUGAAAUUGCGCAUUUACUACAUGGAGGAGCGUAUGCAGCAGAAAUGCGACGAUUCAACGGAGGACAUCUUCAAAACGAACAUCGAGCUGAAAGUGGAGCUGGAGUCGAUGAAGAGGGACCUGGCCGAGAAACAGGAGCUGCUCGUCUCGGCGUCCAAAGCACUGGAGAGCCUGGCCGGUCGAGACACUGCAGAGCCGCAGCGCAUCAGAGAGCAAGCGCAGCGGGACAUGGACGCACUUCGCCACUCGUUCAACACCAGGAUCGCCCAACUAGAAGAAUGCCUGCGAACGAGUGAAGAAGAGGUGGAAAAGAUGGCGACCAUCGCCGAGCAAGAGAAACUCAAAAACAUCCAGUUGGAGAAACGGCUCCAGUCGGUCGCUGUCACCCCAUCGUCAAGCAACACUUUGCAAGACCCACAGAAUGACAACAUCAUUGAGCAGUUGAAGGUCACGUUAAAGAAGCGGGAAGCGGAGAUCAGUCAGAGAGACGACAGGCACCGAGAAAUGGAAGAGCUGUCGUCUGAACGAGUCAAGCAGUUGACAAACGAACUUGAGGCCUUGAAGGACCGACUACUCCGAGAAGAAGAACAACCUGACCACCAGAGCAAGAUUCAUCGACUGGAGUCUGUAAACAAGCUGCUCACUGAAGAACUUGCACAAGCAAAAAGCACCCGCGAGAAUCUGACAAAGAUGCUGGAAGAAACGCAGAAUGAAAGCAAGAUGCUGUCAGAAAGGCUGGAUGAGAAAGAGGGUGAACUCCUCGCAGAGAAGAAAAACGGCCUUAAAAGGGACAAAACCAUCCAAGGGCUCACACAGGUUCUCAAGGAAAAAGAGAAAGAGAUUUCGGAGUUAUGUCAUGAGAUCGAAGACCGAGAUGAUGCGCUCUCCAAAGCUCGUGAGACAGCGCACAAAGCCCAGAUGCAGAAAUAUCAGGGAGCAGAAGAGCACCAAACUCUAUUGAUGGCCAAGCAAAUGGAGCUAGUCCAGCUGCAGGGUGAGCACCACGGGAAGGUACUGGAAGCUCAAAAGCUGCAGCGGGCCCUGGAAAGGAGAGAACAGGAACUGGCUGACUUACAGCAGUCAAAGGAGCAGCUGGAGGUCGAGCUGGAGGAUCUUCAACAACAGAAAAAGAAGGGAGACAAAGCCCUAAAUGAUCUGAACAACCAACUGAAAAAGCUCAGUGGCGAGAUCGCAGAGCGGGAAAGUUCUCUUGAGCAGCAGUACCAGGAUCUGUUAGACCAAACCCAAAGAAAAGUCUUGGCGCACGAAGUCACCAUCCAGCGGUUAACAUCCACACUGGCUGACAAAGAGCAGCAGUUACUGGAGUACAUGAACACACUGAAAGAUUUGGAGCAAAACAAGACUCCGGCAGGAAAUGACGGCAUGCUCGCCAAGCUGCGCCAAAGGCUGAAAGAAAAGGAGCGAGCGCUGGAGCGAGCGCUGGACGAGAGGUUCGCGGCCAUCGAGGAGAAAGACAACCUAAUCCACCAGCUGCAGCUGUCGCUCAGGGAGAAAGAGAGAGACAUGGAGAGGCUCCAGAACUUGCUAUCGCACAACGAGGAAACUAUCAGCAGUUUUGAUAGCCUCAUUAAAGAGAAGGACGUGGAAGUGGAGCACCUCACCAACACGCUGAAGAACCUGCAAAGGGCCAAGCAAGAUGCGGAGGACAACCUGAACAGGUCGCUGCGGGAAAAAGACUCCAUCAUCAGCCAGCUGCGGCACUCUCUAGACACCAAGACCAAAGAUUUGGAGGAAAUGUCCGAAUCGGUGCUGAGCCAGUCGCAGAGUCAAGCGCGCGAUUUGGCUGAGCAGAUGAGCCAGAGGUUAAAGGUGAACGAGGCCAUGCUGGCCGAGGCGGUGAAAGCCAGGGAAAGGCUCGUUGCCGACAACGAGGGCGCCGUGGAAGGACUGCUGGCUACCAUUAGCAGCAAGGACCAGCUUAUUAAGGAGUCCGCCGAGCACUACAACCGCAUGCUCUCCGAACGUUCCCGUGAGAUUCAGGAGCUGAAGAGGCAGCUGUCUGAGCGGCAGCUCGAGCUUGUCGCCACGGCGGCCCAGAAGGACUCCUCGGAAAGCGACGAGCUUCGAAAGCUCCUGGAUAAAAAAGACAGCCUCAUUGACCAGCUUCUCCAGCGCGGGCAGGAGACGGAGCACCAUAAGGAACCAGAUUACGUGCUGGAUCUCAGACAAACCAUCCAGAUCAUGCAGGAGAAGUUAGACGAGCGAGAAGGCUCACUUUCCAGGAGGAACAGCGACGACAGCAUGGAGAACAUUCCACUCUCCAAGAAGACUUUUGUGGUCCUUAAGAAAGAAUUGGCACAGAAAACAGAAGCUCUCAACAAGGCACUGAAACGGGAAAAUGAACUGAAGAUGGCUUUGGCCGAGCUUCAGUCGUCACUAUCGGAGCUGGAGGGGCGCAGCGAAGGUCAGGCCGCCAAUAUUGAGUCCCUGACUGCCACUCUGGAGACCAAAGAUGAAAUUAUCCAUGAUCUCCAGCAACGCCUCGGCCAGCCGGGACACCAGGUCCGAGAUGGCGGCAGUACGGACCGAUCGCCUUCAGGACUUCCUCAAAGAGAGAGGACCGUGAUCGGUGGGGACAGCCAGCCAGAGGUGUUCCCCGGCUUGACGGCUUUGCAGCAAGAGCACGAGGCGCUGAACAAAGCUCUGAGGGCCGAGCAGCAGCUCUACUCCAGUCUGGUCAGGACUGUGAAAGAACAGGACAGCGCCCAACGUCUCCAUGCGCUGCAGCUGGAACUGACGGCGGUGCAGCUUCUCCGGCAGCAGCUGGAGGACGGCGUGAAAGCCAACGAGGAACUCAGGGAUGACUUGGAUAGAGAACUAGACAGAGCCAAAGCCAGAGAAGGUGCCAGUGGCGUCGACCCCAAAGAACUGGAGAGCGUGCGGCACCAGCUGGAAGAUACCCAGCGCUGGAAUGCCUCUCUACAAGCCCGCUUGGGGGCCAUCCAGAACCGCGGCGGCGGCGUGGGCGGGACCAACGACUGCGGUGACACUCUAAGUUUCAUCGGAGACCAGACCUCAUACAUGAGUAUCUGUGUGGGCGAGGGGCACGAUGAUGAGAUUUCUCCGCAGAAGGUCCGUUCGUUUGAAAAAUUGACCGUACUCGAGCUGCGGGACUGUAUCAGCAGGCUCCAAGCUCUCAACAUGGAGCUCCAAAGCAAAGUGGCAGCACUGGAGAAGGCCGACCAAGAAGACAAAAACACAGCCCUCGCUCGUCCAUGGAAACAGCAGCCGGACACCGACUGCCGGACGCCAAACUCUCAAGACCGAGCCUGCCAGACGGACGUCCCGCCAGGGCAGUCCGGAGGUAACGAUAGUGUGGACAGUGGUCUGGGCCAAAGCCGAGAGCACGCUCAGUGUGCCAUUGCAGAGGUCGAGUCUUUGAAAUGUCUGCUGGCUGACACUAGUGCUGCUUCACUCCUACGCCUCAGAGAGGCGGUCCUCAAGCUACUGAUGGAAAACGGUCAACUGCCAAAGGAAGAAAAGUCCAGUGGCCAGUGCAAAGAGAAGGGAAGCACAGAAGCGUCCGGGAACGGCAGCGUUCAGUCGGGACGCAGCCGGGAAACUGGAGAAAAGCGCAAAGACGCUACAGAUCGGACUUUCCUGGCCAACGCAUCGGAAGCAGAAUUGCUUGAAAACGGGCAGCGCAGCAAGAUUUCAAAGCGCAGGGCCUCCGCCGUCCGGUCCCGCUUGCCUGUUCCAAUCGGGCUGAGAACGGAAGCUUGUCGCGCGGGCCUGGCCCAAUCUGCUCUUUUGACCCAGCUGGAGCUCCUCCACCAGGAAUGCCAGGAGAAGGAGGAAUUGAUCAACAAGCUAAGUGAGCGCUUGGCUGACCUGGAAGAACUCCAGAACAAAGAGCCACUCGACAGCGAGUGCACGGACGCUGCUGAGUCCACCGUCGCACAGUCUGCUUCUGUGGACUGCCGAAGCAGAUUUGUUUGUUUGCAGAAAGAGGAUCUCAAAAAGCAACUUGGGCAGAUUUUCAAGUUGGCAGAGAAGCACUUCCAAGAGGCAGAAAUCAAAGAUCUGCUUCUGGAAAUAGAUGCGGUGAACGCUGCAUUACACAGAAGAGGUUCAGAGGACGCACGGAACAUCUCUACGCAGACGGCGUUGGAAUCUCUCGCUGAGAAACGAAAGAAUCCGCAAGGGGAAGAAGGAACUUCGGAUCUCGUCUCAACUCUGGAGAUGACCAAAGUUCUUGCUCGAUGCCUGAACUCGGCGGAAUCUCUCAUUGCUUCUCUGGCAGCGGCCUGUAAGAGUAGCGACUCAUUCGCCGACCUCGACUUACGGGAACAUUUGGACAAUCUCCAAGGAGCGCUGCGAGAGCGACGAGAGUUGGAGCGUUGGUCUCAAACCUCUCGGCAGAGUGAUCGCUGUGAGGAGAUUCCCCGCUCAGAUCUACGUGGCGAUCUGGGAUUCCUCUGUGAGGUCCUCGCCGAGCGCUCUCGGAAAAUUUGCGAGCUCCGAGCCUCCCUGUGGGAGGAGAGGGAGGCCCGUGCCGCGCUACCGGACGCUCAGGGAUUAGCACCGAGUGUUCAGGCUCAGCUGGAGGCUCUGCACAAGGCGCUGAGGGAGAAGAAAAAAGCCUGCGAAAACCCAGAAGAGAAACCCGCCGCCGCCGCGUCGCCGAACGACACGGCUCGCAAAGCUCUGGAUCAGGAUGACAAAGGCGUGCAGGUGGAUUUGCAAGACCUGGGUUACGAAACCACGUGCAAGAGUGAGAACGAUAGGGAAGAGAGCAGUAGCACAGACCUUGACGUUUGCGUCAAAGCGAGCGGAAGCGCUUCCGAUAUCCCUUCACUGCCGAUUCACGAGCAGGCGCGCUUUUCCCCCGGUGCCGGUGAACAUCUGGACUCCUCCAGCUCCGGCACUCCGUACCCGAGUUCCCCCACCUUGAGCUCAGCCAAGGUCAGUCUGAGAAGCCCGCAGACUUCUGAGGAAUACGGUCUCUCCGAGGACCGGGCGAGAGCGCGGGUGCCGAAGGUCCAGAUCCAAAGAAACCGUAUGGACCCGGCGGCUGGCCACCCGUCGAGCAUCGGAGACGGGACGCAAAGACGUCACACUCGAGAGAAAGAAGACGAGGGAGAGGACGGUGAUGUGAGGAGUGAGGCGGAAAGGAUUCAGUUACAGCACGCUCGCAGCCGUUCUACAUCGCCUGCCAGUUUGGACUCCCUCGUGCAGUCACAGGCCCGGGAACUGUCGCGACUCCGUCAACAAAUUAAGGAGAGCCGGCGGCUGGGGGGCCCGCACCGUCGACAGCUGGCGGAGCUGAGCGCAGCCUUGCGAGAGCUGGUCAAGGCCGGCCCGGUGGACUGCUACGUGGGCCACCAAGCGGUCAAAGAGCAGCUGGACAGGAGUCUGAGAAUCCUGGAUCGACUGGAGGGACGACUGGACGAAGGAAUGACUCGUCAGGAUGUUGAAGACGUGGCAGCUCUGGAACUUUCUCGCAGAUUGUCCAAAGAACUGCAGGGGAAAAACCGUCUCAUCGAGAACCUGCGGGCUCAAGUCCGAGUCCAGACUCCCGGGAGCCCCUGCGGCCCUUGCUCCGAUGCGUACCUCUCGGAUAAGGACUCCUGCGGCGGCGGCAGCCCACCUACGCAAGGGGGAGGAGUGGAGGCCGAGCGCACGUCGGACUUGCUGAGGGAGAACAGACUUCUUGGCGAGCGGUUGAAGAACAGCGAGCAGCUCAAUGCUAGCUUGCGCGGCGAGCUGGACGUGCACCUUUCUGUCAUGUCCCGCGCUUCCUCGACGCAAGAGGACGGACGUUCGGCGCCGACGCUUAAUUCGGGUAAGCGUAACCUAUCGGGACAAUCGGUCGGCUCGGAGCUACUGGCUGAGCACCUGGAGGAGAUCCGAGCUCUGAGGCGGCGCCUUGAGGAGAGUAUUUGCACCAACGACCGCCUCAGGGAGCAGCUAGAGAGGCGGCUCGCCGAGGUGGAACAAGACACAGCGGCCACCAACAUAUUCAUCCACGGCAACGAGGAUCAAGGCCAGCUGGUGAAGGAGGUACACUUCCUGCGGGGUCAGAACCAAGCUCUAAAGGAGCAGCUCAUCCUGGAGUCUAAAGACAAAGAGCGGGACGACGAGCGGCUGCGGGACAACCUGGCCAGGUGCGCGGCCAAGUUGGAGCAGAGCGAGAAGGAGAGCGACCUCCUGAGGCGCGAGAACGCGGGACUGCGGGAAAAGCUGGAGCUGGGCGGCCAAGAGAAGGCCGGCCUGCUCCGCUCGCUGCGCGGGUAUGCUCAGACGACAGUGGGUUUGCAGUGCGAGGUGAAGCUCCAACGGCAGCAAAUGACCGACUCGCAGCGCCUCCUGCGGUCGCUGCGCGUGGAGCUGCAAGUUCAUGCCAAGAUGGAGGCGGAGAACAAUAGUGACUCGGCCUCUCUCCCGCCAGAACCCGGUUCGGACGCGGGCGACCUAGCCGGGCUUCUGUCGGAGAUUCGCCAACUGCGGACGGAGCUGGAGAGGAGCAUCCGUGCCAACGCGGCGUUGCGCCAGAAGCCGGAGGAGCGGUCGGGAAGGGUCGACCCGGUGGCUGACGACGACGGCUCCGGCGAGAGCGCUCCUUCCCGCCUGGUGCCGGGCCACCGCCUGUGGGCCGACCGCAACGGGCGCCACGUCCUGGCGCUGGUGGAGGACUACGACGCGCUCCGUGGGCGCAUCUCGGAAGGGCGACGGUUGGCGUGCGGCCUGGACAGCGAGGCGGCGGACGAGGAGAGCGACGUGAGCGCCCUGCGUCAAGUUCUGGACGAGGCCGCCCGCCUGCUCAAGCUACCGUGGAGGGUCUCGCUGCCGGCGGGGUUCCACGACCGACAGGAUCAUCUGAAGAAGGAGAUAUCGCGUCUGAAGAGCCGACUGUCGCAACAGGAGAGGAUGCUAAGCGGCGCCGUCAAACGUCUGCGGACCACCAACCAGCUCAAGGAGGGCAUGGAGAGGGUCAUCAUCGAUCAGCUGUCCCUGACGCACGGCGUGUUGAAGAAAGCCCGCGGAAACUUGGAAGAGGUGCCUUUAAAUGGACAAUAG